AUGUGGUCGAAUUACCAGAGUGCGAUCUGCCCUCUGCUGCUGCUGCCGGUGCUGCUGCUGGAGAGGGUACUUGGCGUGUAUGCCAUAGUGAAUCCCUCCAAUGACACGGCCAACACGGUGAUUUAUAUGCUUCCCGCCAAGGAUCUGGGCCCAGAGACCUGGCGGGCCGGCGUGGACUGCCUGGACAGCUUCGCCCAGAUCUUCUUCUACCGGAAUCCCAGGGAACGUUUCACCCGCUCCUACAACCUAAUGCUGACCAAUGCCUUCAACCUGUCAGCGCCGGCAGAUCAGAUCCAAGAGGGAUUCCACAAGCUCAUCAACGAGGCGGUCACCCAGCCCGGGGAGCCGCAUCGCUCGGAGCUCUUUCAGCUGCGCGUCGUCUCCGAUCACAUGAGCCACCAGGCGAAGAGCAAGAACUUUGGCGAGCUGCUGCUGGCCGACAACUAUGUGAUCAUUGUGGACUCCGUCGAGCGGCUGCUCAGCCUCAUGAGUCGCUAUGUGAGCCGGAUGCGCUCGUGGAAUCCGGGCGCACGCUUCCUGGUGCUCUUCCACAAUCCCGAGGUGCACAAUCGACCCUGGCGCGUGGCCUCCCAGAUCUUCAACGAGCUAAUGCAGAGCUUCUACGUGCACCGCGUGGCCCUCAUAUACGCCAACUCCUCGAUGGACUACAACCUGCUGGUGAACGACUACUACAGCAACGUCGACUGCCGCAUCCUCAGUGUCCAGAGCGUGGGCCAGUGCCACGAUGGCCAGCUCUUUCCCAGCCCCAUUGCCGUGCACGCGGCCAUGACGGACUACAUAACUGGCUUCAGUCCGAAGAACUGCACCUUCUUUGUGUGCGCUUCCGUCUCGGCUCCAUUCGUGGAGGCCGACUGCAUCCUGGGCAUCGAGAUGCGGAUAUUGGGAUUCAUGCGCAACCGUUUGGAGUUCAUGGUCAAUCAGACGUGUAGCUUGGAGAGUCGGGGCGAUGUCGACAGUUCUGGGAACUGGAACGGUCUGCUGGGCAAGCUAACAGAUGGCGAGUGCGAUUUCGUGAUGGGAGGCUACUAUCCGGACAACGAGGUGGCUGAGUUCUUCUGGGGCUCGGACUGCUACCUGCAGGACGCGCACACCUGGUACAUCAAGGUGGCCGAUCGCCGGCCCGCCUGGCAGGCCAUGGUCGGCAUUUUCGAGCCGAGCACCUGGAUAGGCUUCAUUGUGGUGCUCCUGAUCAGCUGGCUGUUCUGGUUCGCCCUGGUCAGCCUGCUGCCGGAGCCGGACUACUUCCAGCAGAUCAGCCUGACGGCCAUCAACGCGCUGGCUGUGUCCAUAUCGGUGGCUGUCCAGGAGCGGCCCGUCUGCCAGGCCACGCGUCUCUUCUUCAUGGCCCUCACCCUGUACGGCCUGAAUGUGGUGGCCACCUACUCGUCCAAGAUGAUAGCCACCUUCCAGGAUCCCGGCUAUCUGCACCAGCUGGAUGAGCUCACGGAGGUGAUGGCCGCUGGUAUACCCUUUGGGGGGCACGAGGAGAGUCGCGACUGGUUCGAGAACGACGACGACAUGUGGGUCUUCAACUCGUACAACAUUUCGCCGCAGUUCACCCCAAAGACGGACAACCUGCUGGCCGUGAAGUGGGGCCACCGCUGCAUCCUCAGCAAUCGCAUGUACACGCUCCAGAGCCCCCUGGCUGACGACAUAUUCGCCUUUCCGUAUAACGUCUUCAGCAGUCCCAUCCAGAUGAUCAUGAAGGCGGGCUUCCCCUUCCUCUUUGAGAUGAACAGCAUCAUCCGCUCGAUGCGGGAUGUGGGCAUAUUCCAUAAGAUAGACGCAGACUUCCGCUACAACAACACCUAUCUGAAUCGCAUUGCCAAGAUGCGUCCCCAGUUCGCAGAGAAUGCCAUUGUGCUCACCACGGAGCACCUGAAGGGGCCCUUCGGCAUUCUCGGUGUGGGGGUUCUCUGCGCCUCCGUGGCAUUUCUAGGCGAGCUGAUGAUUCGCUAUUGGCCCUGCAGGCUGCAGGUCAAGCAGCAGAGUGCACUCCCUGCUACCACCUCUCAUACUCGUACGCGUACUCGCAGGAAAAGGAAUCAUCUGCAGCUGCGGAGGGGCCAGUGGGAACGUCAAGCUCAAGUGGCUCCAGUCAUACGAUUUACGCCAGUCAAACGGCGCAAAGUUCUCUAG